CCACCGCGACCGCGCCCUCUACUUCUUCAGGGACGAUCGCUUCUGGAAAUUCGACCAGGACAAGCUGCAGGUGGUGGCCACCGGCAAAUGGGCCACGCAGCUGGCCUGGAUGGGCUGCUGGGAUGCCAACAGUGAGCAGGUGCUGUUCUGAGAGAAGGGAGUCCGGACCUCGCCUGGAUCGUCUGGGUGUGACUCUGGUUCCUGUCUGAGGAUGGCUGGGCAGGGACUGGCUGCACAUUGGAGCCGUGGGAUGGUGCAGCAGUGACCCAGCAGGGCUGGGAUGGAGCUGGGACAGAGCCAGGUGUGCCCCAGCCAGAUGUGUCACAUCCAUGUGUGCCAUGGCCAGGUGUGUCACAUCCAGGUGUGCCACAGCCAGAUGUGUCACAUCCAGGUGUGCCAUGGCCAGGUGUGCCCCAUAGCCAGAUGUGCCGUGGCCAGGUGUGCCACAAGCAGGUGGCCUGCAGGCUUCGGGACAGUAUUUUUUAUAAUACCACAGAAAAAAAAUGUAUCAGCCAUGGAGACUGCAAACACACCCAUUUCUGUUCAUUUUCAGGAUGUGUGCCACAGCCAGGUGUACCAUGGCCGGGUGUGCCAUGGCCAGGUGGCCUGAAGGCUUUGGGACUGUAUUUUUUAUAACAGACCACAGAAAAAAAAUGUAUCAGCCAUGAAGACUGCAAACACAUUUCUCUUCACUUUCAGGAUGUGCCACAUCCAGCUGGCCUGCAGUCUUUGGGACAGUAUUUUUUAUAACACCACAGAAAAAAAUUGUAUCAGCCAUAGAGACUACAAACACACCCAUUUCUGUUAAUUUUCAGGAUGUGUGCCACAGCCAGGUGACCUGAAGGCUUUGGGACUGUAUUUUUUAUAACAGAGCACAAGAAAAAAAUGUAUCAGCCAUAGAGACUGCAAACACACCCAUUUCUGUUCACUUCCAGGAUAUUGUUACACACGUUUUUCAAACUAGGACUGGGAUUUGGUGAUACUUUUUUAUAUCUUUGUUGAUACUUGUUGAUAUCUGUCAUUUUCCCACGAUCAGGCAGAGAAAUGUUUCGCUGCUGCUUGCUGUGGGGUGUGGGUGGUUUUCAACAGCAGGUUGACAACAUCUCCUGCUUAAAACUAAAAGAAAGGAGAUAUUUGGACAAAAAAUUUGGAUCCAUGUGGAGCUUUGCCCCUGCUGUUUGUUGAGACCCUGGGGUAUGGAGGGUUGGGGAUGCUUUGCUGGGCUGUGCUCACAUCCAGCUGGAGACACCAGCACAGUGGGAUUUUGGGGCUGAAAGCAGCAGGGUUUGGUGUAGGAGAGAAAAGGGGGGCUCAGCUGAGCUGCUGGCCACAGGCAGCAGGAGCUUUGGCUUUGGGUGGGUUUGGGGUGCCUGGGUGGGCUCUCCUGGGGUGUGCCCACCUGGCAGCCCCCACUGUGUGCCUGAGCUCGCUGCCUCUGCAAGGGACAGGAUCAGGGAAUUUCUGACUCCCUGGGCCCCACCCGGGUGAACGGGGGUGACAAAUGGCUGUGGGAGGAGGGGAAGAGGAGAGGUGAGCAGGACAGAGGGACAUGUCUGUGCAUGCAGGCUGCAGGGACAGGGUGGCUGCACAUUCCUCAUUCCUUCCCCAAGGCAGACUCCCCACCUGGAAACGCCUCUGGCUCCUGGGCAGGGUCACCAGUUUGCAAAUGGCCAGGGUGUCCCAGGGCUGGGGAUGGAGCUCAGCUUCCUAGGGCUGCGAUUCUGAGGCAUUGCUGCUGGGCAAGACAGGCCUCAGAUUUAUUAAGUGAUUUAUUGAAGCCAUUUGUGCAGUGGUUCUACCAGAGCUCAGAGCCCAGCCCUGCUCUGGUCCUGCUGUGCUGUCAGGGUGCUGUGCUGGGUGCCCUCCUGAUGCCAGCAGCUUCAGGGAUUCCUCUUUCCCUCAUUUUUGCCAUUUCUAGACUUUCUCUGCAAAGCAGGGCUUGCCCUAAGCACAACAAGGGGUUUCAGCGGUACCCAAUGCCAGCUGAGCUGUGGGUUUGGCAGGAAGGAGAGCCAACACUCCUCCCAUUCUCCAUCACACUUGUGCUGAGCCCUUCAUGUGCAGACACACACACAGGGGCUUCAUCUGCCCAAAACCUCAGGGGACUUUCCACAUUUCCAGAGAAACUCACAUUUCCAUAGGAACUGAAUGACAAUCAGGUGACGUGGCCUGCGGGGAGUCCCAAGGGCUUGGAGACCUGACAGCAAAUAAAACCAACCUCUGGAUGUGUGGUGUUGGGGUUUGUGCUUGUUUUCCUGUCACACUUCAGGUUUGGGUUAUAUUUUUGAAAGCAAAUCUCCAGUUUCCUGCCAGGGCUGUGUUUCAGAUGCCUGUGGGUGUUUGGGGUUGGAGAGGGGGAUGCUGGAUUUGGCCUCAGCUUUCAUGCUGGCAGGAUCAAAGAGGGGAGGUGGAUCCCACUGAAAACUCACUGAUGGUGAUGAAAACAUGGAAAUUCUCCUUCUUACUUCAACCCCAAAUUACUGAGGAUUUUCAUUCCACACUUUGGAAUGUGCUAAUAGGUUUUUUCCCCAGGCUGAAUUCAUUCAUUAUCCCUUUUCCUGUCCCCUUAGGAGAAAGCCAGGCAUCCCCUGUGCUGUGUGACUGGAGGCAGAGGAUGGGACUAAAAUCCUCUCCCUUUUUGGGUUUUCCACUCUGCCCUGGCUUGCUGCCAUGUGUUUCCUGGGUCUGUGUGCUGUGGGAUGUUUUGGGGCCCUGUGAUGCUGCAGGGGCAGCUGGGGUCACUUUACUGUGUCCCAUCAGUCUGGGGGAGCUGAACUCACACCCUGAGCCUUUCACCCACCCCUUUGGGUGCCUUGGAUGGAAAUCCAGCUCCUCAAGGGUUCCUUUCUGCUGCUGGGCUCCCUGGCUGGGCACAUCAGACUCCCCCAGCCUGCCUCACAUUCCCCAGACAGAAUAGCUGGGAUUCCUGCAUUCCCUGCCCCAGAAUGACCCGGCUGGACACUGAGCUGCAGUGGCAUCUGCAGGGACAGGAUGAGUCCCCACCACAGCAAGGAGCCCCACAAAACCCAGGAGAGGCUCUGCUUUGUCCCUGAGGUGUGAACACUGCCCUGGUAGAUUUGUUUGGGUUUUGCAGAGGUACCUGGGUGCUGUGGCAGCUCUGCAAGGCCUGGCUUGGGGAGGGAGUGUCCCACAUUCCCAGAGGUGCCCACUCAUGGGCAGUUCUUUCUUUAAAGCCCCAAUUCCUGGAGCCACUCCAUCCCUGCAGGAGCUUUACCCAUUCACCUCGCUGCUGUGGGCAAUGGGGAAAGGAGUUUGGGAAGCAGCACAGAGCAGGGAAAGCCCAAAGGUGAGUGUGAAAAUAAACCCUCCUCACCUUGAGGUCGCCCUGAAGAUGCACCUUGUGGCCACCUCACCUGUGCUGGAGGUGGGUGUAGGGGUUUUGGGAAGGGGGAAAAUCCCCCUCGUGUGGCUGGGAGCAUCCUGGGUGCUGAGGAGCUGCUCUCUGACUCCUUCCUGCCCUGGAGCCAGGACCUUUGGGGGAAAAUCCACCCCUGGCAUGGCUGGGGAGGAGCAGGGCUGUGAGAGAGGAGCGGGUGCUGAAGGGUUAACAGGGAGUGUUUGCAGCCAAUCCCUUGUCACCAAGGAGAAGCGAUCUGCGAUCUGCGCUUGGGAAGGAAACAAAACACCCAGCAGGGCGAUUUCCUCUCCCCAGCACCACUGCAGGGCUCGGGGCACCAGCAGGACACUGCCACCACCCCGAGUGGCAGGGAGCAAGAGGCACCAGUCUUAUGGCAGAAUGUGGGGCACCCCGGGCACGGGGACACGCAGCAUCCGUCCCUACCAGUCCAGUGGGCAGUACCUGUACGCCAUGAAGGAGGACCUGGCAGAGUGGCUGAAGGAGCUCCAUGGCCUUGACAUCGAGGUGGGCACCUUCCUGGAGGUGCUGGAGACAGGGGCUGUGCUGUGCUCACACGCCAACCACGUCACCCAGGUGGCAGGGGAGUUUGCCCAGGUGUGCCCCGAGGUGGCCAAGCACCUCCACCUGCCCUCUGCCGGUGUCACCUGCAACCUCACAGCACAGCCUGGCACCUUCCAGGCCAGGGACAAUGUCUCCAACUUCAUCCAGUGGUGCAGGAAGGAGAUGGGGAUCAAAGACGUGCUGAUGUUCGAGACAGAGGACCUGGUGCUGAGGAAGAACGAGAAGAACUUUGUGCUGUGCCUGCUGGAGCUGGCCCGCCACGCCUCGCGUGCAGCACCUGGUGAGCCGCUGUACCUGCCCUGUGCAGUUCCCCAUGAUCAAGAUCUCUGAAGGGAAAUACCGAGUGGGGGACUCUGACAGCCUCAUCUUUGUGCGG